AUGGAGACUUUUCGCCCUGCCUUCGUCGACCGUCCUCGUCCUCUCCUCUCGUACGGCGUCCCUUUCCCCGAAGCCGUUGCUCGCCAUGCUGUCAACACUUUCCACGCCCAGCGCGUCUAUGUCAUCAGCUCCGGAUCCUUGGCCAAGAAUACCGAUUCACUUGAUCAACUGGCCCAGGCCUUCGACAAACUCAAGAUCUCGAUCGUCGGCCGGCGGAUUGGCAUGAAGAGCCAUACUCUAUGGUCGGAAGUCCUCGAGAUCACUGAAGAUGCGCGACAAUGUUCAGCCGACCUUAUACUUACACUCGGCGGCGGGACACUGACGGACGGGGCGAAGGUGGUUUCAUUUGCUCUCGCAAAUGACGCGAAAACAUUCGAGGAUCUGGAAACCCUCUGCAUGGGACCUAACCAGGAACGUCCUACAAACGACCCCGCCCCCUCGUCUGUUCCCAUCGUUUCGGUGCCGACGACUCUUUCAGCAGGAGAGUACUCGAACUUCGCCGGCGCUACUAAUGACCAUACCCGCCGCAAACACUCCUUCCAGGCGCCGCUUCGCGGGCCGCAGUUGAUCGUGCUCGACCCACAGCUCGUUGCAUCCACAACUCCGGAAUCCAUCUGGCUCAGCACCGGCGUGCGCGCCGUGGACCACUGCGUUGAAACUUACUGUGCCACUGUAGGCACGACCGACGAUACCGAUUCGUUGGCGCUGAAGGCACUCGCGAAAUUGGUCCCGGGGCUCGUGAGGUCACGCCAUGACCCGAAGGGGGAAGACCUCGACGCGCGACUGACUUGUCAGCUCGGGUCUGUUGAUGCCAUGGCGGCAUGUACCAGCGGGAGGGUUCAACUCGGUGCUAGUCACGGCAUCGGACAUCAGCUCGGCCCCCUCGGCGUUGGCCACGGUGAGACAAGCUGCAUCCUCCUCCCAGCCGUAUGCAAAUACAACGCAAAAUACAACGCCAACAAUGAGCGCCAAUCACGGUUGCGCGACUUCCUGCUCAAGCAGCCGAUACUCGAGAAAGUGUCUGAAUCUCGCGGGCUGAACAAGGAAACCGCCGACCUUGGCGAUGUGCUGGAUGCGCUUUUCCGAGAGCUCGGCAUGCCGCGAUCGCUUGGUGAGGUUGGUGUCGGACGGGACCAGCUGGAUGGGCUGGCGCAGAACUCGUUGCAUGACCGCUGGUGUCGGACGAACCCGGUUCCGUUGAAUGAGAAGGCACAGGUGUUGGAGAUCCUGGAGCAGGUGGUUUGA